UAUGAGUAUUAACAUUCCUACUGAUCCUGGUACUCUUCUAAUAGGAGAUACUAUCAUGAGGUACAAAAUUGUUAAAAAAUUAGGCCAAGGAUCAUUUGGUCAAGUGUACGAGGCCGAUAAUAUGGAAAGGUUUCAACCGUUUAAAGUUGCAAUUAAAGUCGAAGUGAAAGAUCCUUUCUCUAAAGGACAAGGUAUAAAAAUGGACAAAGAAGUGUUAAAGAGUGUCAGGAGUUUAAGUGAAGCCAAUCAAUUCUUUUGCCAAUACUACGGACUUUCUGAACAAAUGCUAAAUGCUAUCGACUGCCUUCACUCAUUCGGUUUCGUACACCGUGAUAUUAAACCUUCUAAUUUUGCAAUUAAAGAUCCAAUAAAGAAUAGACGUACUGCUAUUGUUCUACUUGAUUUUGGUCUUACUCGUCGUAUUGGGAAGAAGGCUAAAGGCCAUCUAAUGAUGAGGGAACCUCGCAAGAAUCCCGGAUUUAGGGGAACUAUUCGGUAUGCCUCAAUAAAUGCAAUGUUCUUCAAUGAACAAGGUUUUCACGAUGACCUUUGGAGUUGGUUAUACGUAACAAUCGAAAUGAUAACCGGUCUAUUACCAUGGAAACAGGAAAGAGAUUUCGUGCGUAUAAGAAGAAUAAAAAUACAAGAGCUGGAAUAUCCAACCGUAUUAGAUGAUAUCCUUUUUGAGUUCUCGACUAUAAAAGGUCACUUAAGAGAGUUGUCUUACGGCGAUAUACCAGAUUAUGGACAUCUUCGAGCAAGUAUACAAAGUAUUAUCAAAGCAAAAUUAAUAGAUUAUCUGGAUAACUUUGAUUGGGAACUAACCGAAGAUAAUAAUCUAAAUAGAUGUCAAACAUUAAAUCAACGUGAAUCAACAUACGCUGAAAAGCAAAUAAGUCAAGAAAAUAAUGUUCCUAUUUUCUAUAUUUUACCAGCUCGAAAAAGAAUAGAGUUUGUGCAAUAA